UGUAGACAUCCGGGUCGAGUUGCCACCCACUGGGUUUGAGGCCACGUCAGAGCAACGCUAAGGGAAGUUGGUGGUGGUGGGGAGUCACUUUAAUUGAUUUCUAUUAACCCAUUCAACAUUACAUUUCCAUUCGUUCGAAACAACAACGGUUACAGUUCACCGUUAACCAGACAUAUCCACCUAAAUUUUUUUAUUAUAAUAAUCAACGCUUCAAGACUUGCUCGCCAUGGCUUCCGAGAAUCUGAGAAGGCAACUGGAGUCCUACCUACACAAGCUGGACAUUGAAUUCGACUGUGUUGAACACCCCGAGGUGUUCACGGUGGAGGAGAUGAUGCCGCAUGUAAGUCACCUGCUUGGCGCCCACACCAAGAACCUGUUCCUGCGAGACAAGAAGCGCGGUGGCCUGUGGCUCGUCACGGCCCUGCACGACCGCUCCCUGCCACUCGGCGCGCUCUCAAAGCGCCUGGGGCUCGGCUCGGGGUCACUGAGGUUCACCGACGAGCCGGCCAUGCGCGAGGCGCUGGGCGUCGGGUCCGGCUGCGCCACCGCGCUGGCGCUGUAUCGCGACUCGGCCGACUUCAACGCCCCCGGCGAGCCCGGCAGCCGCCCGAAAGUAACUCUCGUGCUGGACGCCGAGAUCGCGUCCGAGCAGGGUCCGUACGAGCGAGUUUACUGCCACCCGAUGAGCAACGCGGCCACGCUCGGCAUGCGGACGCGGGACUUCAUGCGCUUCGUGCGAGCGACGGGUCACGAGCCGGUGCUUGUCGAUUUUUCGGACCUCAAGUGACCGAUUGCAUAUUUGCGUUUUGUUGUUAAAUCACGGUUGCUGAGCACAGGCCCCAAUAUAUGCCGAGCGGUCGGCAAGAAAACUUUACUGUUGAGGUUGUUAAUGGAUAGAAAUGAAUGCAUUUCUUGAAUUGAGCAAAGCAUGUAAAAUGUGGGAAAAGGGACGACUGGAGGGAUUUUUUGAGUCGAGCAGUGUUAGGAUUGAAGCCGAAAGAGGUUUUUAUUUUUACCUUCAGUAUGGUGGUUGAACGCAGCUUGCAUGAGACUAAACUGUUUGUUUAGUAGACCGUAUGAAAUUUUAUAAACAAUUUAAAAUCCAUGUGAAUGUUUUAGACGUUGACAUAGAGCAUGGUAAUGGAUUUGUUUUUAUAUAUAUUGAGACAGGUACAAGCUGCAUGUAUUCAUAAAAGUGCCGACAGAGGGCAGACUUGAGCUUUCUUUUAUGCGAUUCUUCCUACCAAAAUAAAGAGGGUCCCGUAAGAGGCACGUGUCCUUUAUAACAGACGUUUUAAUAUAAAAAAAAUGAUCUUGACUUUUAUUAAAUCGUUUCUUUUCCUGCAUUUAACUUUUUGGAUAAUUUGUGUUCAUUUGUUUGUACAAAUAUGGCCGCUAAAAUAUAAAGAUAAUCGUUUUACCAUGGAAUGUAAAGCCAUAUAUAAUUGUGUAAUUGUGAUUUUCGUUACCUGUACGUGUGUGGUGACCUUAAAAAAUAUGUGAGCACUCUCUUCAAUCACCCUAAGUGUGUGUUGGGCAGUGCACAGCAGGCAGCCAAAACACAUCAUUCUCACACUGAUUGUAUCACAAUUGGUAGAAAUAGUACAUCUCGCUCGCAUCAGUCCAACAAUACCAAUUUAUGACCAUGUGUCUGUCACAAAGCAAGCAAUCUUAUACGGUCUCUGCAUCAUCAUUUUUGCAAACACUGCCCCCCCCCCCCGCAUGCCAUCACCUCCCUAGGGACAAUGAUUCAGGUCACGAGUGAUGAGUGAAUUCAAUGGGAAAUAUGAAAACAUGACAGCAGUGCCAUUCUUUAACAUAUUUUCUGCAGCUUUGUGUCAGCUGUCUACAUAGGACAGCAAUAAUUAAUCAUCUUCAACUAAGUUGAAUAACACAUGCUAUAUUAAUACAAUGACACCAUUGCGACAAAUACUUCCUUUUUACCACUGCUUGGCCAGAUACAAGGUGUUAUAUGAUACAAAAAUCAAUUGAUAGGCCACUAUAUCAUAAAAAUAUAUAUAUGCUCACCGUAGUGUUUUUAAGUGCCGUACAUAUUUCACGAAUAAUUAUAAUCAUUUUCAUUGUGAAAUGCGACGCGGAGUUCCAUCGCCUUUGGUGUAAAUGCUGCCACGGUUUCAGAUCAUUGAUGACCCCACGUGAUUGUGGCCAAUUUGCAGGGGGAAGCCUAACACCGAUGUUUGGGCGAACUCGUAAACAUGCGGGUUAGUACAGCCUCUCCUCGGCAGUUUGACGAUUCAACCACAUAAUAAACGAUCUUGUUAAAAAAAACAUCAGCAAGCCGGCUGCUGAUGUUGGGAGUCCGUGACCACACAUACAGAUGAGCGAGUGGAAAAUCCUCUUUGAUGGCAUUGAUCGUGAUGUAUAACCAAUUGGCUGGAGUUGUGAAGUGGCCAGCGGGGGACCCAGAGUUUUAUGGGAGCUGGGUUUUAGGUGCACUAACUGCUGCUCAGGUUCCCCAAAAAUAAUGAUAGACACGGCACUGUGGUGCAGAUAGGGGAAAAUCACUGCUCAAUCCGUCAUGUGCACCAGCCUGCCACCGAUUAGAAAAACCCAUCAGGGCACUGUCGUUGUGAUGGGCAUCAAUUUGUACUUUUUAUUCUUCAUAUAAAACCUCUGUCCUCACUCAGGCCAGGCGACGUGCCCUGCCAAGCUGUUAUCGCCAUGUGAAAACAUUUCAGGAUUUUUUGUUUAAAUUUUUGGUGAAGCACCGGAUUUAAAAAUUUCACUCUAGAAACCAACGUGACUCACUAUUUUGAUGGCAAAAUUCUUGAUUCUCGUGGCAUGAAUUUAAGAAACUUGGACAUGCAACCACGUUAGUGUGAUCAUGCGGAUUAUUAAAAAUAUUCUUGAGGUCAUUGGGGUACAUGCUUUAAUAUAUAAAAGAUGACAAUGGUUAAUUAAAAUAUUCUGAACUUUUACAAUGUUUGGUGAAUAGAAGUGUGAACAAAAUGUGACACCAAAGCUACCGUGAAGUUUUUAAAGGACUAUACCUGGGAAACAGGUGUGUCUUAACACAUUUUAGCUAGUACUUAAUAUAUAACUGUUUUACACAUUACUGAAAAAAUAUAUAUGCAAGGCACGUGAUUUGACAGGACAAAUGGGCUCGUGGGAUUUGCCCCAUAAUAUUAAAGUAUUUUCAUAUGU